UUUAUCAACAAAAAAUUUUUGCCCGCGUUUAGUUCCUGCGUCCCUCGUUUCUCUCCAGUUCACCUCAGUUUAUCUCAAAAGUUAACCCCAAUUGGCGCCUUCUCCAUUUCACCAACCCUCCUUCUCUGAUGCCGCCGUGCCUUUUCGCUCUGCUGCCACCGUGUUGUUGCUCUGCUGCUCUCGCACCCGUCACACACGCGCCGCCGCCCCUUCGCCCCUUGUUUCAGAUCGAAAACACGUCGUAACACCUCCUUCUUCAGCUUGAAAUGAAGAGGAUUUUCCACGACAUUUUCAAAGAAAAGCAGAAGAAAAGCGUGGAAGCUGGUACAAUUCCAAGUUUCUACAAGAAGGCAUGUGAAAUCGUUACUUUUUCAUACUUCGUUCUAGUAUAAAAUUUAUGUGUCUAUAUCAUAGUAGUCUUCUCCCUCUUCACAAUAAAAUUUGAAUUAGUUCCCAGUGCAUCAUAUCCCUACCAAAUCAAACCCAAUUUGCCCCAUAAUUGUGCCAGACAGGUACAAUUUUGUCAGAGUAUCUGUCUUUGCUGCAUAUAGGAUUAAUUGUACACAAGUCCUCUAAUGUGUAAUAGGAUGGUUAAGUUUAUCAGUGAAAGCAAUAUUUUUCCUCCGUCAACUUUUUGUUUUCUUUUGCCAAUCAUACCUUCUGCUUCAAUCUAUUUUCUGUCUGUCACAGUAACUUGCAUCCAGUUUAAUCCUGUUAAUGAUAGUUACUUCAUUAGCGGAUCCUUGGAUGCUAAGGUUCGCAUAUGGAGCAUUCCUGAUAGGCAGGUUGUUGAUUGGACUGAUAUGCAUGAGAUGGUUACUGUUGCUUGUUAUACACCAGAUGGUCAGAGUGCACUGGUUGGUUCUUACAAGGGCAGUUGCCACUUAUAUAACGCAUCAGAAAAUAAGUUGCAACAAAAAAGUCAUAUCAAUCUGCAGAACAACAAGAAGAAAUCACAUCUCAAAAAAAUUACAUGUUUCCAAUUUGCCCCAGGAAGUUCAUCAGAGGUACUUAUCACAUCUGCUGAUUCACGAAUUCGGGUUGUUGAUGGUGUUGAUCUGGUUCAAAAGUUUAAAGAAACCUGAAGAAGGAUCAGUCAGUCAUACAGUACAGCAAUUGGCAAAGUACAUGUUUCUGAAGGGUGUGAUGGAUCAGUGCUUCUGAACAACAGAAACAAGCAAGCUGAGAAGAAUGCUCCGCCAAACUUGACAGUGAGAGGGUUUGACUUCAUUGAGGGAAUAAAGAGCCUUGUAGAAGCUGCAUGCGCUGGUGUUGUUUCUUGUGCUAAUAUCUUACUUUGGCUGCCAGAGAC